CUCGCAUCGCAUCACAUAAAUUUGUUCCAAUAGACCACAAUAAACAAUAUCGACAGGCAAUAAGAAGUAAGUGAAGAGAUCGUUAGUACUGAUAACACAAAUUGCGCAGCUUACAUCCCAUGUUCAACGAAGCGAAAUUUCAGAAUACUCAAGCAGACAAUUAACAAUGUUGAAAGCGAAUCUUCGGUGGGGUGCUCUUCGUCUCAGAUAACGAAAAAGGAAGCAAGUUGUUAAGUAUGGGAUUAAUUACUAACUUACAAAUUAUUUUACUACUAACAUGUAACAUAUUGGAAACGUCGCCUAUAAUCACACCCUUUCACUACCAUCAUUUUAGAAGAUAUAUUGAUUCUCCUGUAUCGGAUUGGGAGAUUGGUUUAAGAGAAGCGACAUAUAACGCUCUCGUACAAGAACGGAUCAUUAAACAUCCCCAUUUGCGUGAAUAUUUGUACAACGCACCUUUACUAGGACGCCAAGAUACCGCUACCCCAUUUGGUGACGUUACAAUAAUAGCCAGAGGUCAGUUGUAUUCUGCUCCUGGGGGUUUUCAAUUUAUUCAAGACCCUUAUCAGAAUGAUUGCGAUGGGUGCCAUAACACACCACUGCGAUGCGAUCGAACGCCAUGUGAGUACUGGGCUCCAGAAGCCCAUGAACGACUGUUAGCAUUAUGGACUAUCAAACGGAUACGACAUAGGGAUCCGCAUUAUGGAUUUAAAUAUGACAUCGAAUAUAAAAUUUCGCCCAUGAGUUCUGUUAGAGAUAAAUCGUUCAUUAGAAGAGGUGGUACUUUUGAUUACAAUAUUCCCGGUCAUAAAUUUGUAGUGCAAAAAUCACCUACAUCUAGCAUUGAAGAUUCAGACACUUACCCCGCAAACGUCCACUACCCCUUUUCAUCUUAUGAUCCAACUCGAUGGUACCCCCACAGCAAGGAGCAUGAUCAAAAUCAGUACCUGCCGCCUAUUCUUCCACCAAUUACCGAGGAAUACUAUGAUGGACAUCCAAAUAGACAUUACGGGCCAGAUGGUUACAAGGAUACAGUAUAUGGAUCAACUAUAGCUACCCCCACGCAAGACACCACGUACCAUCAUGACAAUACCAUCGGUACAUUAAGCACAAGACCUCUUCCUUUAAACACCACGAAACAUACACAAGAAGCAGAUUUUUUGUUUCCUAUACAUCAAACAACGAGCUAUAUGAGACCUCAUUUUCUACCCACCAAUCCCAAUUAUAAAGGAACACCAUUGAAAACUACUGUUCAAACAACAUUACCAGCGACUAAAGUUACUACUUUCUCUGAAAGCACGCGCUUUGUACAAUACUCUGAGCCUGAUCCUUUGUACAGUACGAGUUCAUCCACAACUACGCCACUCCCAUUUUCUACAGAGAAGCAAGAACCAUCUGCACCUUCAUCAUCGAUUACAACUAACUAUUACAGUUCACAAAAUACAGUCGAAGAUAGAUUUCCUUCGGUUUACGAUUACAUGGGGAUUGGUGAACAUGCCAUAACUGUAGUUACUCCUCCAAAUAUUCCUAUACAAAAUUCGACAAAUACUGAAACAACAAUUACGUCAACAACUGAAACAACUGCAGCAAGCACGCUACCAAAGACAGAAACAACUGCAGCAAGCACGCGAGCAAAGACUGACACUUCAACUGUUACAACAGAGUCGACACCAUAUGAAAUUAUAGAAACAUCUUCUGUAAGGGUAGGGAUUAUACCCACAACUCCGAAAUUCAGAUACAUUACGCGUAAAAGGGUGGUGUCUACCACUCCAAUCGUAAGCACUGAUCGGGAAGAAACCACCACACCCACAACUACUACCAUUUCAACUACACACCAAGAAAGUAAAGCAACGACGACUUUGAAACAUAGCUCACACCCAACAACAAUUUCCACCCCUCUUCUAUACAUUACCACAAAUCACCAUAAAAAAGAAAAGGAUUUAGAUGACGAGGAAUUUGAAGACGAAAUUUUUGGAAAAUCACAAACUGCGGCGAGAGUGGCGAUCACAAAGAAACCGAAAACUACACUCUCAACCGACUUGGAAGACAUAUUCGGUAGCCAGGCUGAGUAUUUUGAAGCGUACGACUAUGACAACCCGCCCACUCAACCACCCUUGCCAAAGAUAAUAUUCUCCAAUUUUUAUUUGGCAUCUACCGAACCCAACGAAACCACUCACGACAUGACAACAGGGGAAGUGACCGAAACGACCGCGCCUACAGUACCCCUUGAAGUACAGAACAAAACAACCAUUCCGAUUACGAGCCAAAGCUAUAUAACAUCGGUCAGUUUCGAGGUGAACAAAAAGAACGUGACCGAACCUACCGAUUUGGCGACGAGUGAAAGUUAUUUUGCGGUAGACGAAACAACGACCGAAAACGUGCACACGCCGCAUACCGGCCAGGUUUUAGAUCGGCUUACGAUGUCAGUAUUAAGUAAUGCGAAAUCUAUUAAUUAUUUAAAUCGCAAAAAUUCCAGUGGGCCGUUUAAGUAUGUUCAGAAAAAAGACAUGAGGCCGGUGAAGUUACCAAAAGUCCGUAAUUUGGAGACGAAAGGGGAAGGGAUUUCGCAACAAAAUAAAUCUCAGAAAACCACGAGAAAAUAAUAUUGAGUCAUUAGUUUUUAAGGCGCGGUUUGUUUAUAGCUGCAGAAUGGAUUUGUUGAGUGAAAUAAUAGCAUGUAACAAACCGAUUUUACUUUAAGAAUAUUUUUGUACAGUAUUUUGUAAUAAAAUAAAGUAAAAAGGA